AUGGAGGUAAAGUUCGAUGUCGAUAAACAUUCUGAGAAGGGAGAGACGAACACCGAGAUAGGUCGUGCUUUGGGGCUUAGAGGGACGACGGUGGUAACCAUAGUGAAGGACAAGGAACGUAUUCUGAAGCACAUCAAGGAUGCUGCACCAAUGAAGGCAACGGUGAUUAAUGUGAAGCAACGUAGCCAGAGCAUUGUGGAAAUGGAGAAAUUACUGAUGAUCUGGCUGGAGGACCAGAACCAGCGACGUGUUCCAGUGAGCCUAAGUGUGAUCCAGGAGAAGGCUAGAGAGCUGCAUGAGGCAGUAGCGAAGAAACAUGGGGAAGGCAGUGUUAGUGGAGAAUUUUCCGUGAGUAGAGGUUGGUUUAACCGUUUUAAGGCUCGGGCGAUUUUCCAUAAUGUGAAGCUGCAAGGUGAAGCUGCUAGUGCUGAUAGCAAAGCAGCAGACAGUUUUCCUAGUGGUUUGGCUGAAAUAAUUAAGGAUGAUGGUUACACAGCUGACCAAGUAUUUAAUGUAGAUGAGACUGGCUUAUUUUGGAAGAGGAUGCCCAACCGUACAUACCUUUCCAAGGAGGAAAAGUCAGCACCUGGCCAUAAAGCUGGUAACGAGCGACUGACUUUACUCUUUGGGGCCAAUGCUAGUGGCGACUUGAAACUCAAGCCCUUGCUAUUGUAUUUGGCAGAAAAUCCCAGGGCUUUCAAGGGCAUUUUCAAGAGUCAACUCCCUGUCAUUUGGAAGUCUAACAAGAAGGUUUGGGUUACCUUGAUGGUCUUCGAAGAUUGGUUCAAUGACCACUCCGUACCAGCAGUGGAAUGGUAUUUGUCUUCAAAGGGUUUGCCUUUUAAGGUUCUUUUAGUUUUAGACAAAUCCCCUGGUGCCCCUUCAAAUUUGAGUAACAUGCACCCUAAUGUGAAGGUGGUGUACCUUCCACUGAAUACAACAUUGCUUAUACAGCCGAUGGACCAGGGAGUAAUUGCUAACUUCAAGGCAUACUACCUUAGAAGGACAAUACGCUCUGCUUUGAGGGCCAUCGAAGGUAACAAGGAGUUGACUUUGAAGCAGUUUUGGAAGGGCUACAAUAUCACUGAUGCAGUCAGGAAUAUUGCAAGUGCUUGGGACGAGGUGAAGACGACCACUUUAAAUGGGGCCUGGAAGAAACUGUGUCCACAGUUUGUACACAGUUUUGAAGGAUUUGACCGGGCAGAAGAUGUCGAGACUGUGACGAGGGAAAUCAUAGGGCUAAGCAAGAGGCUGAAACUGGAUCUGGAAGCUGAGGAUGUUUUAGAGCUGCUGGCAUCCCAUGGAGAGGAGUUGUCAUCAGAGGACCUCAUUGAGCUGGAGCAGGAGAUGAUUGAGGAGGAGUUAGAGGUACCAGACCCAAAACCCAGGUCAUUAACUGUCAAAGGCUUGUCAGAGGGUUUUACUCAUCUGGAGAGAGCCUUGGUUUCUUUUGAGGGAGAAGACCCUAACGUUGCCAGGUUUGACAGAAUCCGGAGAGGGAUCAUGGAUUUGGUAACUUUUUACAAGGAAACCCUGAAGGAGAAGCAGAUGAAGAAAAGUGUGCAGUCUAGGCUUGACACUUUCUUCCACAAGUCUCCAAUACCACUUCCCGCUCCUAGUCCUGAAGUGAUGGCAAAUCCAGAUCCCCCUGUACUACCUGGACCCUCCGUAGCAGCCCGUCCACCUCUGGUAGAACCCUUUGAUAGUGAUGAUGACCCAGAUGACCCUGAGCCUUUCCAUGGUUUUGAUGUCUCACCCUAUUCAUCAGACUCCCAAGCACCUGCAAAUUCCACUCCAUAG